CCCUGAUGAUCAUCUUGUUUGUUGAAAGUAAUCCAGCUUGGGGGUUUCGGUUUCAACUCAUGAAUUUGAUCGUCUGAACACACCUUGACCUGACUAGUAGCACUACCCAUCUGCGUACUUCUUUCCCAAAUUCGAGUCUGAAUUGUUUCAGUGUGUAAUGAUGUGGCAGAGAUUCAAGCAAUUCUUCCUCUUUGCAGUGCUUGGUUGUUUUGCUCUUAAUCAUGGGCUUCUAGUUCAUGCUCAAGAUGGUCAAUCAGGCUUCAUUAGCAUAGACUGUGGCCUACCAGAAAAUUCAAGCUAUACUGAAAAAGCAACCGGCAUCUAUUACAUUUCAGAUGCGAUAUUCACAGACACCGGUGAAAGUAAAUUGGUAUUGCAUGACAACAGAGAUAGCUAUCAACAUCCUUACUUGUCUUUUAGGAGUUUUCCCAAUGGAACCAGGAACUGCUACAAAAUAAGCGUCGCAAACGGCACCAAAUAUUUGAUCAGAGCCAGUUUCUACUAUGGGAAUUAUGACGGUCAAAAUGAAUUGCCAGAAUUCGACCUACAUCUUGGGCCUAAUUACUGGGAUACAGUGAGGUUGAAGGAUUCAGACACUACAACACACAAGGAGCUCAUACAUUACACACUUCGGAACUAUAUACAUGUUUGUCUGGUGAAGUCAAACAAAGGAAUUCCAUUUAUAUCAGCAAUAGAGCUAAGGCCUUUACCUAAUGUGAUUUAUGAAGUAAAGGGCUACUCCUUGGCACUAAUCUGGCGAUAUGACACUGGUCAAACUGCUAAAGAGUACAGGUAUCCAAGUGAUCUUCACGAUCGUCUAUGGUAUCCCUCUGACCGCGAUGAUUGGACGCAAUUAAAUACCUCAUUAUGCAACACUACCGAGGACAAUAGUUACCAAGUUCCAUCUAUUGUCAUGUGUACUGCUGCCACACCCAAAAAUGCAGAUGAUUCCUUGAAUAUUUUCUGGCUACCUUCUGAUAGCAAUGCACAGUAUCAAAUUUACAUGCACUUUGCAGAAGUAGAAAAGCUCCAAGCGAACAAGUCUAGACAAUUCAGUAUUACUUUUAAUGGAAAGCUCUUUUAUGGGCCCUUUUCUCCUCAAUACUUGUCCUUCGAUACUAUUUAUAGCAUAGCGGCUUGGAGUCCAACAGGACAAUAUAUAAAGUUUUCCAUCUUGAAGAAUGAGAAAUCUACCCUUCCACCUAUCCUCAAUGCUUAUGAAAUAUAUAUGGUCAAGCCAGCUCCCCAAUCAGAGACAAAACACGACGACAUUGACGCGAUCACAAACAUCAAGUCAACUUAUAAAAUUACAAGAAACUGGCAAGGAGAUCCAUGUGCCCCCCAAAACUACUCUUGGGAAGGCUUGAAGUGUAGCUUUGGGGGGCCUGGAAACUUCCCAAGAAUAAUAUCCUUGGACUUGUCCUCAAGUGGAAUAACAGGGGAGAUAUCUCUUUCUAUAUCCAAUCUCACAAUGAUAAAGACUUUAGAUUUAUCAAACAACAACUUGAGAGGAUCAAUUCCAGAGUUUUUGUCUCAGUUACCAGAAUUAGAAGUUUUAAAUUUGGAGAAGAACAACUUCACUGGUUUAGUUCCAUCAAGACUCAUUGAGAGAAGGAACAGCGGCUCACUACUGUUAAGUUUGUGUGAAAAUCCAUAUCUAUCCAUACAAGUUUCUUGCAAGAAGAAGAAGAAGAAGCACAAUGUUGUCCUAGUCGUAGUGCCAAUUCUUGUAAUUGUCAUCCUUUUAUUGACUAUAGGAGCUGUCCUAUUGGGCCUUAAAGUGAAAAGAAAACCUGAGAUCCAGAAUUCUAUUCAGAGCUGGUCAUUGGAGUCAGAGGAUCGACGCUUUACAUACUCAGAGCUUGUGAAGAUAACUAAUAAUUUUGCAUCAAUCAUCGGAAGAGGCGGAUUCGGAAGAGUCUACCAUGGCACUCUGAAAAAUGAUAUUCAAGUCGCUGUGAAGUUACUGACUUCUUCUUCAAGGCAAGGCUCAAAAGAAUUCCAAAAUGAGGUUAAACUAUUGAUGACAGCUCAUCAUCGAAACUUGGUUUCUCUCAUUGGUUACUGCGACGAAGGUGACACUAUGGCACUUGUUUUUGAGUAUGUAGCCAAUGGAAAUUUGCAGCAACAUUUAUCAGAUCUAACAUUGGACGUUUUGACUUGGAAGGAAAGACUUCAAAUUGCCGUGGAUGCAGCACGAGGGUUGGAUUAUCUACAUAAUGGUUGCAAGCCACCUAUAGUCCAUAGAGAUCUGAAGGCUUCCAAUAUCUUGUUAAAUGAAAAGUUGCAAGCCAAGAUAGCUGAUUUUGGUCUUUCUAAAGUUCUUGCAACUGAAAGCGCCACUCAUAUAUCAACUGAUGCCAAAGGAACAUUCGGGUACCUUGAUGCUGAAUAUUGCAAUACAGGACAGCUCAACAAAAAGAGUGAUGUAUACAGCUUUGGGAUUGUGUUGCUAGAGCUAAUAACCGGUAGAGCACCCAUAAUAAGAGAUGUAGAACCUUUUCCUAUUCACAUAUGUCAAUGGGUGACUCCUAUAUAUGAGAACAUGGAAAUUGAAAAGAUAGUUGAUUCAAAAAUACAGGGUACCUACAACAAUUUUUCUGCUCAGAAAGCUAUAGAAAUCGCCAUGGCAUGUGUGCGUUCAUCAGCAAUCCAAAGGCCAGAAAUAAGCUCUGUAUAUGUUGAAUUGAAGGGAUGUUUGGAAAUUGAGAUGACUUCUGAUCAAGUAACAACAGUUACAGAGAUCGAUGAGAGCGAUGAUGAUACAAAUUCGAGCAGUUCAGUUCUUGUCACCUGACACGUCGAGUCUCAAACAUUUAGUACUGCUUAAUUUCUACAUAAUGCAUGCUCUUAUGCUAAA